CAAGCGUUAAGUCUUCACAGUUGAAUAAGAUUCGAUCAGUGAAUCAACAAACAGGAUCGAAUUAAAGGUUAAAUAUGAAGGUCAUUAUUAUUUUCGCAUUGGCAUCUUGCGUGGCAGUAGCUUGGGCUAAGCCACAGGGUACUUACACUGACAAAUGGGACCAAAUCAACAUCGAUGAAAUUUUAGAAUCUCAGCGCCUGUUAAAAGGUUAUGUCGACUGCUUAGUUGACAGAGGCCGUUGUACAUCUGACGCUAAAGCCCUUAAAGAAACUCUCCCUGAUGCACUGGAACAUGAUUGUAAGAAAUGUACCGAAAAGCAAAAGACUGGUGCCGACAAAGUUAUUAGACAUCUGGUAAACAGACGUCCCGAUUUAUGGAAAGAACUAUCAGCCAAAUAUGAUCCCAAGAACAUCUAUCAACAAAGAUACAAGGACAAAAUCGAUUCCGUAAAGCAAGCUUAAUGCGUUUCGGCUUACUCUGAAAAUUCGUAAAUGUACAGUUUUAAUGUUAUGUGUUAUUUUGUAAAAAUUUAAAUAUUUGUCAACAUAUACUUUGUACAUUUGUGUAAUUUAAAUGUAAAAUGAAGCUACUGUCAUGGUUAAUAAAUCUCUAUCAAAAUUAAAAAUCUUGGUACAUUUAUUUGUAAUCAUGAAUUUGCAAAUAUAGUGAAUUUAAACAUACGUAUAAAUUGAAUGUGAACAUUUAUAAAAAAAGUAAAUGGCAAAUUUACAUAAUAAAUCAUUUUAAUCAUUUCCUUCUAUAAAUAUUUUGAAGUUCUCUCUAUAUUUCUUAUUUUUGUCAUACUUUUCAACAAGUUCCUCCCAAGCUUCAGGGUGCUUAUCCAUUAUAGCUCUUAUCACUGUUCGAAUUAAACUUUUUUGUUUCGGAGUACAUUUGCCACAUGUCGUUUCAACCGCUUCUGGUAUUGCUUCUGUAAAAACAAGUAUGAUACUGAUAGCAUAUUUAAUACCUUUAUUAAUUAUUAUAUUUUAGUAGGAUCGUGAGAAGUCGAGAUAAAUUAUUUUAAUAAAAAUAUGCUUGCAAUCUAUCCUAAUAUUUUUGAGUUGAAGGAUUUGUUUGUUUGAAUGUUCUAUUUUGUGCGCUCAGAGCAGUUCAUUUUAAUACCACUUUGAAAAAUCUUUCGAUAAGCACUCCUUUUAAUAAGGGACCAUAAUCAAUAUUAUAUCAAUUCUAAUCAUUGUAAAAUUUCCAUUAAGAAAAACCAAGAACAUUUUACAUAACUAUAACUAAGUCAAUAUUUGUAACCAUUUAAAUUCAAUCGCUUACUUUUAAAGUCUUUUGCCUCCGGGGUGCAAGGUCCUUGAUCGAGGAAGCACUUGGUGUAACCUAUCAGUACCCUGUCGUUCUCUAAUAGUGGCUGAAUAUCAAAAUCAUCAUAUCUCGAACUGUAGAAAUCCGCUAAGACCAAUGUGAGGAUUGCGAAGUAACUAAUGAGCUUGGUUAGCAUUAUUCACUACAAUAAGAAUAUCACAUAGUUAUUAAAGUCUGAAUAAACUAAAUUAACCUUUUAA